UAAACUUUUUGUCAGGGUGAACUUCCCCUUUAACUGUUGUUGCCAUUUUUUGGCAAAGUUACCGUGCUUGCAACUCUUUAAGAAUCGGGCUCCUGAUCCUACAGUCAAAUAAGCUUUGUAAGUACUUUUAAGAAUGUAGUUAAUAUCUGUCUGGCAGAUGGUGUUUCUGUAAAAGAUCGACCUCCUGUGCAGUCCCUUAAACUGCAGGAUAUGGAUUUCCAGGCAAGAUAGGGGUAUAUUAAUCGUGUUCAUUGUGGGAGAGGGUCAGUGCUCAUCGAAGUGUUAUAAAGUUUCUAUAAGUAGAUUUGCUUUAUUCAAUAACAAAUUUUCCCUUCGUAUCAUGAUGAUUGUAGCUGAGUGCUACAUAGCAAAAUCUGGGGUACCAAACGGCAUGAAGGGAGUAAAUCGAGGACUGUAUAGGUCAUUUUACACAUGACAUUCGUGUUGAAUUUGUGUUUUAAACACCCAUUUUUAUUAAUAAACCAGUCAUUAAUAGAGAAAGUUAGGCCAGCCCGGUUUCAAUGGGUUACCGACAAGGCUAAUUUUCUUUUGAAUUGGGCUUGCCAAACAAAUCAUCAUGCCCCAUGAUGACAACCCCGCAUUGAAACCGGGUUUGGGAUCUGAGUAAAACACAUUUCAACACUAAUUUUAACACCUUAGAAUGUGGUCCUCAAAAGAAAGUAUGGGCUGAAAAUGCAUGUUGACAUACCAGCGAGCGAGGCGAGCUGGCAAAUUUUCAGUAGUAGUUGGAAGACUAUAUAGUGUCAAAACCAUGUUCCCUUUUUUUUUACCAAAACGAAAAAUCGAAUAUCAAACUGUCGAAAUGUAUCCACUGAAAAAUUUACUUAUUUGUUACAUGUGAUAUGAGAAUGGAAGAAGAUGUUAUCAUAAUUAGCAGGAAUAAGGGUGCCUUAAAGGAACGAUUUACAAUCACAGACAACCAAAUAACCUUCUCAAACGUAGAAUAUAGCACAGUGAGGCAGAUGAAAUGAAAAAUAUUGCUGAAAGGAAUGAUUUUAAAUAGUCAUAAUGACUAUACUCAGAGAUGGUGCAAUAUCAUAGAUGUUCUAAACAAAAGUUUAUUCACAUUGUAAAUACCUAUUAAAUGUUAAUUGAAGUAUCAUAUUGAAUUGAUAAAAUCAUAAGGAAACAGGCAAUAUUCUCGUGUUUCAGUAACGGUAUUGAGUCUAUCAAUGUCAAGAGUCAGUUCUAUAAUGAUUCAAGCAUUUUGAGGGGACCAGAUGAGCAUUUCAUGAAAGACUUGUCAGACUUAUUUCAGACAAGUCCUAUUCUAUCCGACAGUUACAAUAGAAACAAUGCUUCUCAGCCAAUCAAAAUCAAGGAAACAACUGACAAUUUGUCGGACGAAAACGUUGAUGAAACGUUCCCCAGAUAUGGUGUAUGUGGCAACAUUUUAAAAAAAAAAGCUGUAAGAGAGCAUAGCGAGCCAUCAGAAAUUUUGACUCUUUUUCUACAAAAAUCUAUCUAAAUGAUAGAUUUUUAGAAGAAUAUUCAGAUACUUAUAUCAUGUUUCCACAUUUUCCAUUUUGGGGGUCCUUGGCCCCAAGCCGCCCCCUCCCUCAUUUGUACGUGAGAGUCAUUUCUAAAAAAUACCUUUGUAUAUUUCACUUAAAGCAUGGGGAACAUCUAUCCCUCUCUUCCCUAAUGGUACCAGGAUAGGAGGGAUAGGCCCCCUCCCCAUUCACCCCAGUGUAUUAAAAGGGUGAUCUGAUUAGUUUAUGAUUUAAUUUAUACCCACAUUAAAAGUCAUUGUAAUCAGUCAAUAAUAACUCGUUAUAACAAUACUCAACGUGAUGCAGUGGAUAUAACGUUUGUUGGCAGGGCAGAGGUACGAGAAAAAAUAAGCUCUUGUAUUUAGAAUGCAUAGUUGGGUAAAAAUUGCAAAACUUCUUUAAGAGCAUUUAAAGAUGAAUCUGCGCAUUAGUAGUAGUUUUACCAAUUCGACGAUAAAAGAAAAACGUUUUUUCUUGAAGGGGGUGUGUGAUUAUAGAGGCUACUCCCCUCUCCGAAAAGUAUGGGAUAUCACCCCCAUCCCCUAGUCUGCUGUGCAAACCCUUCGCUCGAGUUAAGAGUGAAAGUGCAGCCUACUCAUGCCGUGUGGACCGAAGGCCCAAUUGAAACAGCAAGAUUUGUAUGUGCUAGUCUUUGUGCGGAGACACACUUGUUGAUCAAAGUUUCAAUCAGGGUCUGUGCCUGCAGACUACCCAUCCCCCGGGAUUUACGCCAAAGAAUGUCAUUACAACUUGCUUUCACGGACUUGGUCAAGUCCGACCUACCAAAAGUUGAUUUUAAUGAAAAGAAAACAAAAUUGAAAACAAGCACAUAGGCCUAUCAGUAAAUCGUUUUUUAAUCAAAAUCGGAUAUAAAAUAAAGUCAUGACAUGUUUAAGUCUAGUUUCAUUUUGAAAAAAAUGCCCAAUUGCCAAUCCUGCUUAGUAUGGAAAUGAAGGAACCUUAUACAUCAUCCAUACAAUAUUUUCUCCUUUAAAUGAUUAAAUAUGAACAUUGCAAUUCACUUUAAUGUAAAACAAGGUCUGAUUACUUCCUGAACAUGUGUCAUAUAUAUAUAAUAUUGUUAUUUGUAGGCCUGACGUUGUGUUGUUCGACAUUUUAUUUUCCCUUUUUAUUACUAAUAUUACGAUUUUAGAUGUUAUAUCUAUUUAAGUUCAAUUUCGAAAAUGUCGAUCAAAGUUUAGGCAAAAGGGUAAUUCCUGUUUAUUUACUUUUAAGUGUUAACAUAAAAUACUACAUCGAAGCCCCCAUUCUUCUCAUACUCCUUACCCCUCUCUUUUAAUUGCUUUAGUUUUUACUCUAUAGUUUUAAAAAUCAUAAGGGGGGGGGCAACCUCAGCACCUACUUUAGACACCGAAAGACUAACGUUUAUUAAAGAAUGCAAAACUAAUUUCAUGUGCCAUGUUAUCAAAACAUUUCGUUUAAGCCGUAAUUUAACAAGAAUUGCUUGAUGAAACAGCAAAGUGAGAAUGUGGAAGGAUGACAAUGAAUAUUAAUGUUUAGAUUGUCAGGAGCGUUGCUACAAUCGAUACUUCCCGUCGGAAACAGUGGUUCAAAGUGUAGUCUGCUACCAUAGCAAAUUUGAAAAAGGUUUAUCCUGUAAGUUUUCACACACCCACAUAUUUACCAAUAUGGUUAGAAGUUAUUAGUUCGUAAGUGCAGCAACGAUAAAACGUAUUUGUGUCUGCACAGUAGGCUAGACCCGUCAUCUAUUUUCAUCAAGAGUAUCGACAAAAGACAACAGCACAUAAGGAAGUUAGAAUCCUGUUCUAUCGUUAUCAGUUUUGUUGACUAAAAAUGUAUAGCUGUACACGAAAUUCUCAAACUAGAAGUUGUUAUAAAAUAAGAUAAAUCAGGAGACUGGAUAGUAGUACUACCAAUUGAACAACGCAUAAUCAUGGAAACUAUUGGAUACAUAUUGAUUCUCUGGGCCUCAAUGCAGAUACGCUGUGAAAAUAUAGAAAUUAUCUGUGAGCGUCGAUCAGGAACAAUUGAUUGCGGGGAGGGCCAUAUCAACAUUCACAGUGCUAUAUACGGCCGAAAUGACAGUACAACAUGCCCUGACAGACAGGUCUCGGACACAACAUGUGGAGUAGAUGUGGCGGGUGUGAUAGAUUCAUCUUGUGACGGCCAACAGCAAUGCACAUUGCAAGCCCUAAAUAGCCUAGCUGGAGACCCGUGCGUUGGAACCUACAAGUUUUUAAAUGUAACCUACACGUGUCAAGACGAUAGGCAGGCGACCGAUUCUACAGCGGAUGUAUGCCCGUCCUUAGCUCCCGGGAUAGGAUGUCUAACGGAUGACAUUCAUGUAGACUUCAACCGUUCCUUGGUUGUGAUAGAGGCGGAAUGUCCAAGUAUUCUAACAGGGGACCGUGCCAGGGUCCGUUGUGAUGGGGUAAGGUACGGCUCAGAGGUAGUUAGGUGCGUGGAUGGAGGGAUCUGGAACCCCAUGUCUGUGGUCUGUCUCAGAGAUGUCCAAUGCGGACUUCCAGAAGCUCCUCAGAAUGGAUACAUUGUUAAUCUAAGAUCGGAAUAUAAUAUAUUCGAUAGCAUCGAGAUUAGAUGUAAUGAUGGGUUUGAUCUGAUAGGUUCAUCAUCAGCCUAUUGCCGCCAUGAUGGAUACUGGAGUCGAAAAAUGCUUCAAUGCAUACCUUCUGUUGACAUCGAGUCAUGUGAGCCUCCCGACGUAUCUUCUAGCGUGACAUUGACUCCGAGUGCUAGGACGCAUCUUAAUGGAUCAGUUGUUUCGUAUUCCUGUAACCGUCCAAAUCAUGGUCUUCUUGGUAAACCUUCAUCAACCUGCAUCAAUGGAAGAUGGUCUCCUGAUCCUGGAGAAUGCUAUGAGCUGUCUGGUAGUAACAUUCAGUUUCCACAAAGUAACUGUCAGCGGCGUCUGGUGCCCGAUGGCGUCCUGUAUAGUCCUAAACAGUAUUCUUAUCAACCCGGAAGGUCAGUGACCUUUACCUGCGUCAGCCCAAACUACUCUCUGAUUGGUCAACCAAUUUCAACUUGCAGAGCACGAGGUUGGGAUUCUCAGACACCGAAAUGCGUCUUGAGAUGUCCUCAACCCCCUCCAAGAAGUUACACAGCACUUUACCCGAGUGGGCAGGUGGAGUUCAGGCAUGAAGAUAUCAUCGUUUUGGAGUGUAAUGGUGGAGCCAAAAUUUCAAAAUGUGUCAACGGUUUAUGGACACCUGAACUUGGUUUCUGCUCUCAGACUGAUGUUGAUGACAUUACAACGAUGAUACCAGCAACCAGGGCAAUUAAUCGACGAAUCGCAAUUCUCUUACAGGAACCUGUAACGUCUUCUUCUAUCGAUCGUCAGCUUCCAUUCCUGAUCUCAGUCACAAAUUCACCCGAUGAAAACAUUUUAUCAGAAGAUGUCAACAAUGUGGUCUCAUUCCUCGAGAAAAUUACAAGUCUUAAUUCAACUUCUCCAAAGGUAACAAACUCGGUUCUGGAAGUUAUCAGUAACAUAAUGAAUGUCGAAGAAAUUGAGUUACAGACUGCUCAAGAAGGCGACAAUACUACAAAUCGAGCUUUAGAUAUUAUAACUCAACAAUUGAACAUCGUUGAUUUAUCAUCUGAAAAUGGAAGUUUCGUCAUUUCCCACCAAAACCUUGCCGUACGGGUUAGUACGACUACAAUAACCGAAAGCGUUCAGGGGUCAUCAUUUGCCAUCUUUAGCCUCGGUGAUCAAGGUGAAGAUGGUCUCUACAACCGCAUUACCUAUGGCUCCAUCGAUGAGGACUUCAUAGAGAACGGGAUGUUUCAGGCUUCAGUCAUUCUUCCAAGUCUCGUCCAUUUUGACUCUAAAGCAAGUUCUUCCGGCAAGGACAGUUUCAGGGUAUCAUUUGUAGCUUACCAGAAAACAUCCCUCUUCGUAUCACUCACACUCGAGACCCUGAAUUCAAGAGAGACAUCGUUUCGUCGGAGGCCUCUUACACCGAUCAUUGCCGCCACCGUUCACGGCAUGGAUGACGAAAUCGAUGAUAAUGACAAAUAUGUUACUUCAACGUUUGAUGUCGGCAUGGAGCCCAAUAUGAUAAAGAAUGUAGAAUGCGUGUAUUGGGACGUUGAUGGUAACCAUAGACGAGGUGACUGGUCUUCAAGGGGGUGCAGACGAGUGCCCGGUUCCUCCAAGACAAGACCGGUCUGCAGGUGUCGAAGACUGGCAAACUUCGCCGUUCUCUUGGACAUAUAUGAUAAAGACUUUCUACCAUUAGAGUUUCGAUAUUUCGCUCAAGUAUUGACCUAUAUUGGUUGUGGACUGUCAACAUGCGGUCUCAUUCUCACUAUCAUCGCUUAUUCUUCCUCAAAACUUCGCAACAAGCAACCCAAUCAGAUUCUCCUCUGUCUCAGCCUAUCUCUCCUCGGUCUCUACAUCACCUUCAUGUUGGUGAUUGGUCUCGGUCCUUUGAUGUCCCCCAUCCCGUGCGGUAUCCUCGCAGCUGUUCUUCACUUCUUCGCUUUAUCGUCCCUCGCAUGGAUGGGCAUCGAAGGGGUUAAUGUCUACCUCCUCUUCGUUCGCAUAAUCAAUUCUUAUAUUCCAAGGUUUAUCCGGAAGGCAUCUUUCUUUGGAUGGGGUCUUCCAGCGAUCGUCGUAUUGAUUAUUGGUUGUAUAUUUAGACAGAAUUAUGCUCGAGGAGAUAUGUGUUUAAUAAAGCAAUGGCCCAACAUCACAGGUUUACUCAUCCCUGUCGGACUCAUCCUCCUCUUCAACGUCGUCAUCUUCAUCCUCGUCAUGAAGCGCAUCAGCUCGACAACGGCAGGCAAGAUACAAGACAAUCCCUCGACUCGUCACCGUGAGCGAAUUCGACGAUUACGGAAUGCUUUCAUCCUGUUGCUCCUCCUCGGCUUAACAUGGGUGUUCGGUUUCCUUGUUAAUAUCAGAAAUGAGGUGCUCAUUGCUUUUUCUCAAACUGUUUUCGUCAUCAUGAACGCCUUUCAAGGAUUUUUCAUCUUCGUCAUUUAUUGCGCCAGGCUGCCACAAGCACGGAUGCAACUCGCUGCAUGCUGCCGUUAUAUCUAUUGUCCCUUCGAUAUAGUUAAGACUUCCACCAGUGAUCACAAUAAGAACGCUAAGGAUUCCAAAGAAAUGAGUCAUCAUGACCAAUUAAAACCAUUGCCACUCAAAAGGGGUAAAGAGUCGCAAGCUGAGUCGUUCGAUACUGUCUCAACGCCGUGAACAAGCCCCCCCCCCCCCGCUAUCCCAAUCGUUUUUCAUCUG